GUGAAAAGCUUAAUGUUGUUUUUAGAAACAGGUAAUGACCAGUGAACGUAAGAGUAAAUACUGAAGUCUUUGUGUAUAAACUUGUUUGCUUCUCUGCCUUUUGCAAUUUUAACACUUUUUGUCCCUUACACAAACUGAAUUAUCUUCAGUUAGCAAAAGCAUUUGGGUAAAAAAUAUGUUAAGGAAUUUCACUGUUCCUUAGUUCCAAAACACAAAAUUUAUUUACUUGAAAGAGAAGUUUUCCAUCAUCAGAAAACAAAGAUUGGUCUUCAUUCAAAAGUACAAUGUUAACAAUCUAAAGAAUUACCUAAUUUAUUUAGUCUGUACUGAUUAACUUCAUUCUUGGUGGAGACAGCUGCUAUUGCAUGUGAUGACAAAUGAAACCCCCUACUAUGCUGUGAAGUUUUUUGACUAAAUUGGCUGGUUUCCUACUAGUCUCAAUGGCCACUGAGAGCAUGAAAAAUGAAAGAGAUGAAAGAAAGACUUGUGAUGUUUUUUAGGUUUUUUUGCUGUUCUUAAAAUUUGAAUUCAAAUUAUCAAGCUGUGUUGAUUUGAAAAUUGGUGUUUAUAUUUUAUUAAUUGUAUUGUGUGCUGUGGCACAUCUGUGAACCUACAACAAUUAACCAGCUUAUUUUUCCAAGAUAUGAGUGUUGUUUCAAUUAUCCUUUUGAAAUUUUAUUUGUGGCAUGCUGUAAUUAUACCUUGCACAUACAUUUUGUAAAGUUUCCCAUUGAACUGAGAAACUGUGCACUGUGUUGACAAACCCCAGCUUGUUGUGUUUGCUGUUUUAAGCGUGCUGUGAAAGCUGGUCCCUUGUGCUCCAAAUGUAAAUUGGACGCAGCUAAUUGCACCUACAGCUGGUGAGCAUGUUGAGUGAGUGCAGAUUUCUGGAGGGAAAUGUGCCUCCAUUCCUUGUGUUUAGAUAGAGCUUUGAAUCCUCCUUCACAUGUGCUGCAUUAUUGGAAGGGCUAGGCUUCACUGUCAGUGCUUCUUAUGGGAAACUAGACAUUCUGUAAUUUAUUUGUUGAUAUAAACCCAAAAAUAUUUCUCUGUUUUGGAUGUAGAAAAAUUCUCAUUACUUUCUGUGCAAAACUCAUUUCCCAAAACCCUGAAUGAUGAAACUUAUUCUGAAAGCAAAAGCAAUCUUACACUCUUGUGCUGUUUGUAGAGUCCUUCACUCCAGAGAGAGGUACAGCACCUAACACAAAGAGAAGCUGCAGAUAUUUGGUCAGCUGCAGCUGCUGAGUAGGGAAGAGGAGAGUUCAAAAAAGGAUGUAGUGCUAUGACUGAAAAUUCAGAGUUAUUUGUGGAUGACUUGUGGGUGCAUUUAAGGGAAAUGCACAGGGUGUAAACUCAGCAGAUAUCUGGUGGUGACAAACUACCAGAGAGGAAUUAAUGACUGGCUUCACAGAAGGGGUUGUUUUGGUUAGAUGCAGUAUCACUGUUACUCUGCCAGAAAUGUGAAUAUUGUUCCUGGUUUUGAGGAAGAGAGAAAUGACUAAAAGCAAGUCAGAAGGAACAGCCAGUUGGUCUUAAGUAGCUGAUGAGUUGACCAGUGGAAAAUACAGUGUGGCUUGAAGAAAAUAGUGAGAGCAAACCUGCAUCACAGUAAUAAAGAAGCUGCCGUGAAAGUGAAACUGUGCAUGAACGCCCAAGGCCAGCUUCCUUAGAACAGUGCUAAUCCAACACAUCUCAGUCUCUGUGUCCCAGCUAAAUAAAAACAACUAAAGAUACCUUUAGCAUUGAGUACUAAAGAAAGGAGUGAAAACUUCUUAAAAAAAUCCUAUGAUAGUUUGCCAAUAUUCUGAUAGCUACACAUUAAGGUCUCUCAGAAGCUUUUGGAUUGUGAAUUGUAUCAUUUCAGAUAAAAGAAGUAAACACAUACUUUAAAUUGCACAACCCAGCAGAAAGAGACCAUGAGAAGAAUCAGUUUUGUUAUAUGACAAAACUGCAGAAUUUUAAUUUACUUAUAUAAUUUUUGCUUCUUUAGAACUAUGUUCCUACUUCUUGGAUACACAACAAAUAUUGAGGCAAAAGACAGUAAAACUUUUAUUUGAAAAUACAUGUUAUGUAACAUCACAGAUCCAAGGCUUGAAAUUUAAUAUAAUUUAAGACAGUUUCAUAUUGGCAACAAUAGAAUUCACUGAAAAAUGAAUACAAUUCCCAUGCAUCACAGAGCAAGGGAGAUUCUUAUGUAUCAUUUUGCAGGUAAAACACAUUUUGUAAGGACCUGACUUACUGAAACUGUGAAAUUGGCAAAGUCAAGAUAUUAAGGGCUUGUGCUCCUCUUAGGAUUAGAGGGAGGAAAAAUACUUCCUGUGUAAGUAUAAUGCAGCUCAGUAUCAAGGAACAAAGUGAACUGGCCCAUCGAACAAAGAAGCAGCAGUGAGCUAAAUACAUGUUUUCCUGGGAUCUCUAUCAGGCUUUUCUUCAAGAGAUUUCAUGCUCAGCUGAAUGUUAGAAGCAGAUUAUCUAGAAAUACACUUCACUUCUGCUUAUGUAUUAUAUUUUUCUGUUAAUAAUAGAAUAUUAAAGCUGGUUUUUUGGUAAGCCAAGGCUUCUGAUGUAGCAGGAGCCCACCUCUUUUUGUGUAUCUUACAUAUUUCAGUAGUUCCAAGUAUUUACUUAAAACAUAAUCUCUGGUUACAGACAGAGUUGUGGAGGUAGAAAUGGAGAAUAUGGCUAGAGCUAUUCAAAGAGAUUAGAAUUUGUAGUUUGUUUUCAACAGCGUUGAAUAACAUUGAGGAUUGUUUGUUGUUGGUGGUUUUUUGUUGGUUUAAAAACUUUCUGACAUAUUUAAGCAGAUUUUCUGAUGUGCUGCUUUACUGAAGUGUCUGCUUUCUCAGCAUAUACUUCAGUACAGUGUUUUCACAGCAUAAGCAUGUGCUUGGCACAACAAAACUGUCUUAAAUUUUUAUCUUUUCUUGCCGACCUUAGAAGAGGAAAUGUUUUUGAAUCCUUUUUAAAAAUAAGAGUCAACGAGACAACUCACAUAAAAGGAGUGUAUUUUCAGCAGGAUGUGAUGGGCAUAUCAUCUCACACAGCAUCCCUUGACUUGGAUGAUUCUCACCUGUAAAUGGCAGUGAAAUUGUCCUUAUACAAAUCUGACAAUCUUUGCUUUCACUAAUGACGUGGUCUCCUUAACAAUUAAUGACAGUAAAACAUGUCAGGAAGGGAAAAGUGUGACCAUUAAGAAAGGAAGAGACCCUGUGAUGGCAAAAUACUUCACUUGCACUAGUAAGAGAAUUGGUCCCAUUGUGUUUGCAUCUGCAAAUAAAAUGAGUGGUCAGGAUGUUUCUCAGGAUCAGGAGCAUAUAGGAGGAGCAGCCACUACUAGAUUCUCCAUUGCAUAAUCCUAGAAGACAGGUGUACACACUGUAAAAGGGACAUUUCUAGGGUAGCUUUGCAGACAAAUGUCUCAAGGGACCUGUUGCUGUGCAGUGUCACAAAGGGCUGACAAAAUGUGUAACAGCAGGGGAAUUGAUGCUGUCAUUUCAGCACAGAGUGGUUUUUGGGACUAGACAAGGCACUUUGAAGUACAGAUACUGAGGCAUCACAACAAACAGCAAUGGCAUCAAAAGGCAAUCUUGGUGUUCCACUGGCAUCCAGUAGUAAUGACAUUUCAUACCACAUUCAUGGGCUGGUGACAACAAUGCCUUCAAUGUGAGUUUACAGGAUAAACUAUGGUAACUGGAGUAUUGGCCAUUAUUUGGCAGUGUUCAUGAGUACAGCAGUAAGAGUGUCUUGAAUUAAUUCUUAGUGGUACAUGGCUCCAGCAAAUACAUCAAACAUGACUUUCAUACUAAUGUUCUUUAGGAUAUAAAAUAAAGUUCAAGGUUUGGGCCUGAGCCCAGCAUCUCUGAUUGCUCAAAGUGCUGAAGUAACAGUGAUGCUCAGCAUCUCCACUCCCCUGGAGUAGAUAUACACAAAAGGAGCUGUGUAGGAGAGGUUCCUUGGGCACCAAAUGGAACUCUCUACAAACCAAAGACCCUUUAGAAACCAGGCCUUCGGCUGUAAGACCUUGUCUUACGGAAGCACAGAGUGAUUGUCUCACUGUUGCUACAUAGAACUAAAAUUUAGGGCAACGUGAGAGGAAAAUGGACGGUAGCAUCACAACUCUUGUCUCCAGUAGUGUCUAAACCAGAUAAGCAGGGCAUCAGCACAACCCAGCACACACUCUAACAUUACCCAUUUAUAAUGGUGUGAGCUACUCGUACUGUCAACGGAAGCGUCCACUCAAUUUCUGAGGCUUUUCCCUGCGGGCCCACCUGGGCACGGCGGGCCCUGAGCACGGUUCAUGCACUGCCCGGCGUCCCCUCAUCUCCGGGGGUGGCACCUGAGGGGCGGCCACUGCGGCCGGCGAGCCGCUCCCCUCACGAUCCUCCUGUGCCCACCACUAGCGGGGAAAUCGCGACAGAGGGGAAAAUCAGCGACAGGCGACAAAACCCGCGACAGCUCCGGAGCCGCCACUGCCCCUUGGCACCGUCCCGGCGCGCCCUGACAGCGCGGCGAGCCCGCCUCCCGGCCCUGCGCCACCACAGGCGGGGCCGCGCAGGCGUGUCACCGCGGGACUUGUCAGCAUUCUGUAUUCUGCAUGAGGAGCAUAAAUCCAUACUAUAAUUCACAAGUGCAGUUUAAAAUAAUAGGCAAACCUGUUAACCUGCAGGAUUUGGAAAUCUCAUUGCUGCUCUCUUCAUUCAGGCCCAGAGGUCCCUCUUCUGCUGCACUUGCCCUGAGGAUCAGCUCUGAUGAUGCUGAGGUUCGGGCAGCACCUCAUCAAGCCCUCGGUGGUGUUCCUGAGGACAGAGCUGUGCUUCGCUCUGGUGAACCGCCGGCCGGUGCUGCCGGGACAUGUCCUGGUGUGUCCCCUGCGGCCGGUGGAGCGUUUCCGUGACCUGCGUCCCGAGGAAGUGGCUGAUUUGUUCUGCACGGCACAGAGGGUUGGGAGCGUGGUGGAGAAACACUUCCAUGGCACCUCGCUCACCUUCUCCAUCCAGGAUGGCCCUGAAGCUGGACAAACAGUGAAGCAUGUUCAUGUCCACGUGCUGCCAAGGAGGGCUGGAGACUUCAGCAGGAAUGAUGAUGUCUAUGAGGAGUUGCAGCGACAUGACAAAGAUGAUUCCCCUGACAAGUGGAGAACAGAAGAAGAAAUGGCAGCUGAAGCAGAAAUUCUGAAGAAGUAUUUCCAGGAAAAUUAGAGGUAACAAAGUGUUUGGAACACUUCCCAUGACACCAGAAAGUCCCCAGAAAGAACGACCUCAUUCUCCAGUUCUCGGUGGCCCUGGAGCUGCAGCUCGACAAUUUUAUUAUGUUCUACAAAUAUGGGAUUCUUCCAUGAAAAAUUUUAUUGGACCUUUGGAUAUCAUCAAGGGUGAAUUCCAGCUAAGACAACUAAACAGCACUGGCUCAAAAUAUUGCUCUGAAUUGUAACUCAUAUUUUUCUGAAUUGUGUACUUGGGAAUGAAUCUUUUUAAAUUGUCCCUUGGCCUAAAUAGAAAUAAAGUGCCAGGAAAAUCAGGUAGCUACUGUGUUUAGGUACAUUAUAAAGUGCUUACUCCAUGUUGUGUUCUUUGAUUCAGUUAUUGUAUGUAGGCUAUUUUAUCAUAGAAAAAUUAGAUCUUUUAGUAGUGUGGCAAUUCAUACAAACCAAGACUUUAUAACAGACUAGCCAAGAUAAACUUGGAAAGCUGUUUUUUCUUCAGAUGGGUUCUAUAACAAGAAAUAUUAAGGUUCCUGAGAUCUUUCUUUUCUCUGUUCUUUUAAUGCAUUAUAACAAGGCUUCUGGAGUUUUAAGUGAUAAAAAACACUUCUGUAAAACAAUUAAUAUGUAAAGUUUCUCAUGGGACAGUAAUCACAGUCUGGCACAAAUGGCUGCUCCCAGCCACAAACAACGAGUGGGAGCCUCCCACAUGGAACAAUCUCUCAGUAAGGAAUGCUGUGUUCAGAACCCUGCACAGGAAGAAACCCACCAUGGGUUUGUUGUUGAUUGCUAACACAUAACACAGGAAAAGAAGUCACACAACAGAUGGGAGAGAGAAGAAAUUACUCGGUAAGAUUUGCGUGAAAAGAGCACCAAUAAUCCUCCUCUGGAACUGCAGGGAAGAAAACAGCCAAAGCUUUCUGUGCCCCCAAACUCAGGAUGGAAAUCAAAAUGCCCCCAAGUCUUUCAAUAAGAGUCAUGCUGAGGGAGGCCAUAGGGUGCAGAGCCUACCUGAGGGCUUGAGGAGGUCACGGUCAGGUCCAAAGCAGAGCCUGGCACAGCUCUGCCUGCCUGGCAGCACAGUGUUCAAAACAAAUUCAAAACAAAUCCAACUGCUCCAUGAUAGUCCUGGAGGGUUACAGCCUGACCUGAGAACUAUGAAAGUGCACAAUCGAUGAGCUCUCAUAAUUUUCACCAAGUCUCUCUCUGCUCUGUACUGCAGAGCCAUUCCAUCCAUUGGCUUGAAGUCUUUAUGCUUGUCAAAUAUAAAUAGAAAUACUAGAGCAAAAUCACUGAUGUUUGAUUCCAGUUUUUACUUGUCAUGCUAUUUAAAUAUUGCUCCUGAAAACCACUUUGAUUCAAAGACUAACCAUGAAGCAGUGUGGCCCCAAUAUUUUCCAUUAGCCUUUUUAAAAACUGUACAGACUGUAACACUAUUUCUUUUUCUGUGCAGAGUAAAUGAAAAGUCCCUUUUGAUGGUGUCUGCACUUUUUAGACCCUGAGCAAGGGCUGAAUAAACAGGAAAUGAAGGUCAGGGAGCAAGAAGUGACAGAGAAGGUAAGGUGAGCAGACAGAAUGGGCAAAAAUGCUGGCAAAUGGGCCAACAUAAAUGGUUGUCCUUUUGCACUUUAGCAUUUCAAGUAGCUGUGAUUUCACAUAGAAGGAAGACAAUGGUUGUGCUGCUGGGGAACAAUAAAAGAAAAACCUUAGCAUCAGUUACAUUUGCAAGGCAUUUUCAAAGCUGGUGCUCAAUGGCUUCCUCUUUAUUAUGGAAUAUUCUGUCUGAACUCCGUGGCUGUGAUGAGCGGGCGCUGCGCCAGCCAUGGGGGCUGCAGAGCAGAUGAGUGCUGAGCUCCAUGGAAGAUUUCAUUUGUGUAAAUGAGGAGCCCGUUAUCACAGCACUAAAGGUCCUGUUUUUAAAAAAGGCCUCCUGUGACAUUAUGCACAAAACAACCUAUUUAUGCAGCAUGAAAAUAUUUAUGUGCUUCGCUCCAGCUUGAAAAGGGAAUUUGCAAUAGAUGAGGGACAUGAGAAAGGAUUGGAGUGAGAGAUAAGGAGAGAUUAGAAAAGGCAGAUCAUGAAGUACAUGCUAUCCUGCAGCAGUAUGUGGAGUAAACCCUCAUGGUUUUUUUUAGGAUAUGGACCUUGAAGAUGGUGCCUGGAUCAUUUAUAUACUUCGUACAGACUCAGUUUUCCACAGGCAGGGAACUGUAUGCAGAGAUGCCAUUGCUGGAAAUGUGAGGAGAUGCAAAGACACUGAUGGCCUUUGUGACCAUCUUUGUCCUUUUCAACCUCAUGGGGGUUGUGCCUUUGGGCUGGGAAUGCUGUAGUGCUGAGCUCCCUCACCCAAAGCAGGAAACAUGAAAAAUCACCUGUGCAGGGGCUCAGAUGGCACAAGAGGAGUGUUCCCAACGGGGUGGCUUCGUAACAGGACAGAGCUCAGACUCUCAUUCCCUGUCCUUACACAGAGGAAAAUUUCCCAGAUUUUUUCAGUUCCUGAAGGGCUGCAAGGGCUGUGCCUGUGUGCCUCUUUUUCCAUGAGUAAACCAGGUAUGGUUCAGCCACAGUUCUCCUCACUGACUCGUAGGAGCAGGCUGGGAGCUCUACACAUCCCCUGACUGCCCUGGAACAGAAAUUGCAGAAGAUGUGUCUCAAGACAUGCACAGGAGGACAGACAAGUUAUUGGGAGCACACAUCUGAUGGGGACACUUCAGCCCAUGCCAGGCACCCCAAUUGCUCUCAGCAAAGGUUGUGAGUGCAGCAUGGGGGUGUUUGUUAUUUGUCUUUCAGCAGUUCAGCAUUGUUCUUGCUCCAGAUGCAGAAGUACCAGCUCCAGUUCUCCGUGGGACAGCUGAUGCCACCCCAGGCAGCUCAAAAUUCUGUGUGCUGACAUCAAUGGGCUGGGGAUGGGCUGUGUCAGCUCCUUGAAGACAUUGUGUAUUAAUUCAUAAAUCUAUGCUGCUUCUUACCUCCCCCAGCACACAUUCACCCACCCCCCAGGUAUCAGGCUCUCUUUUGAUUCUGUGCUCAAAUAAGCCAGUGUUUUGUUUUUAAUUAAUGUUAAUUUAGAGAAGGGAAAUGUUCUGUUGGUCUCUGGGGGAGCCUGACUGGGCUGCAGGCUGAUGCUAAGACAGAGAGUCCUGGCUGCAAUGGGGGGAGUCAAGGUCAGCUCCUGGCCUGUGACAAUAUCCUGAAAUGUGGCCAGGGACUGAGCACUCCUGAAAUAAAAAUACCUGAAUCCAUGUGGGAUCCAGGGUGAUCUCACACCCAGCUGUAAAACAAUAAAAAUCUUAAUGCCCCAGUACCCACAGAGCUAAUGAAAAGCUCUCAAGCCCAAAUACACACAUAGUGACAGCCAUGAAAGUACUAAAAUAAUUUCUAUGCCAGCUCUCUGUGUCCUCCUGUCCACUCCCCACCUCUCACUGUCACUGUGGUCGAUGGCUGCUGAAAAGCCUUGUCCAGCUCCUGCAUCUGGUUCCUGAUGGGCAGGCCAGCAGCUCUGUGAAGGAGAAAAUGCUGCUGCUCAUGUAAGCUGUCCUGUGUGUUGGCAGGGCUGUGAGUUUCAGAACAGAGUGAUAUAUUUCAGCUCUUGUGAAAUUUCUGAAUAAUCAGCUCAUCAAAAAAUAUCAUGCAGAGUUCCCUUGUAGUCCUUUCCAACUUGCCACCUCUCCUUCCAAUAGCUCCAUAGGGUGACCACAGCUUGGCAGAGCCCAUUAGCAGAGCUCUGCACAAUCACUCAUGAGUAGAGCUGGCUGGAAAAUAGUGUUCCCUCCUGAAAAAAAAAAAAGAAAAAAGAUGAGUUGGGGCAGAGGGUGUGUUUGGCUUGGCAUUUCAGGAUGAUUUCCCCACUUCUCUCUCCAGAACCCUCUUCUGCUCCCUCACUGCACCUCACCUUUUUCCUCCUUUAGAAGGUGACUCCAAGAAAAUAAAAAUUCAGCUUAAAGUGGCAAAGACAUUGGAUGCUGUUCAGGGCCAGGAGUGUCACUGCAGGAUGGGCACCAACACACUGGCACCUUUUCCACCAGGCUCCUGAGCAAGUUGUCCUUGGACCUGCACAUUUUGCUAUUUGAGAAGAUAUUCUUGAGAUAGAUUUCUCUCCUUGAGCAGCACAGCAACCUGCUCUUUGGGCAUGAGGGAGCUGGUGGCCUUGUCUCUGUGCAUGGUGAGAUGGGGAUGCUGGAAGGACCUCGUGGAAACCUGACCAGCAGUGCUGCAGAGACAGGGGCUGAGCAGCCAGAGUCACUUCAGCUGCUCCUCACAGUGCUGGGCUGCCUCCAGCCAUGUCCCCCUGGGCUUUCCCGUGCAUUUUAACCCCUGUUUCCAAGUCCCAGGUGAUCACUGCUUUGGGAAGAGCAGAGCUCCUGGCUGUGUCCUCCAACAAUGCUCAGCUGCUGACACUUAGGGCAGGUGGCAAACAACUGCAGAGGAAGGUGGUGCAAAAAU